AUGUCGCAGAAGGCGGAUGUGAGGGCGGAGGUGCGGCGCGGCCGCUACAAAGUGGCUGUGGACGCCGAGGAGGGCCGCCGGAGGAGGGAGGACUCCAUGGUGAAGAUCCGAAGGAGCAAGAGGGAGGAAGGACUGCUGAAGAAGAGGAGAGAGGGAAUGCAGGGGCUGACACUUCCUAUGUCUAAACUAGCCUCUUCAACGGAGAUGAAGGUAAGCCGGUGGCUCUCCACCCCGUUUCGAUAUGCGAUCUGAUCCGCCUUGAAUACGUGGCCUAGCGUCGCGCGUGUUGAAUUUUUUCUAAAAAAUUCGUGAUGUUAUGUGGCUCUUGAUUUUGGUGGCCUUUGGCAUGGCUGUGGAUAUAUUUCUGAAGCUGACAGCCCUACCGUCAAUGGUAUCUGGAUUACGUUCAAACGACGUGAGACUGCAGCUCAAAGCGACAAUGCUGUUUCGGAAAUUGUUGUCAAGCGGUACUGGAGAGAUCGUCUGUUUUCAUUCCUGCUUUGUCUAUUCUCCUUUGCGCUCACAGUUUAUAUGUUUGGAUAUUUUUCUUAAUUGAUAAAUCAGACAGAAAUCCUCCAAUUGCUCCGGUGAUCCAAUCUGGCGUCGUUCCUCGUUUUGUCGAAUUUCUAACGCGGGAAGAUUGUCCCGAACUCCAGGUAGGAACACUGACGUUUAUUAUGUUGAGACAACACGUUAACCCUCGAUAAUUUUGACAAGUAGGCCGGAAAACAUUGUAGUUCCUUUGUUCUUUUAAGCUCUUUCAGUGUGGAUUGAACCCUUGAGUAAAAAGGUUAUUCCUAUGAUUCAUUAGCUUACAUAUUGAACGAAGAAUAUGAUUUAUUAUCUGAACCCUUUUCAAGGCCUCUAUCGUGCCAAGUUAGCUUUACUAGGAAGCCUUCUUGUAGAGAAUUGAUGGCAGGCGGUCAGAGCCAAAUCUACUUUCUUUGACGUAAUGUAUGCGUAAUUUAUUCGAAUACGCAUUUCAGUGGAGAAUUUAUUUUCUGAAUCUAUCCCUCUGACUGUGUCUUAUUUUGAAAAAUUCAUCAGUUCGAAGCAGCUUGGGCUCUCACGAAUAUUGCUUCUGGUACCCCAGAGGACGCUAAGGUUGUUAUAGACAAUGGUGCAAUACCUAUCUUUGUGAGGCUACUUAGUUCUCCGAAUGAGGACGUUCGUGAGCAGGUAUAUGCAUACACAUUACAGUAGCUUCUCAUGAGGACUCAAAACUGGCCAUGAGAGUAUCCAGUGUAUAUUUUUUAUGUUACUGAUGUUGUUAAUUUUUUUAAAUAGACUGCGUGGGCAUUGGGCAAUGUUGCUGGCGAUUCUCCAGAGAACCGUGAUGUUGUUCUGGGAUAUGGUGCAGUGACAGCGUUGCUGAGUCAACUCAAUGAGAACUCAAGGCCAGGCAUGAUAAGAAAUACGACUUGGGCCUUGUCAACUUUAUGCAGGGGCAAACCUCAGCCCUCUUCUGAGACGGUCUGACGAUUGUGCGUGAUUAUGUUUAUCUCUUUCUCCUUUAUGUCCUGUUUCGUCUGUUGACAUCGAUAUUUUUUCUUUUUUCGAAUAGACAAAUGCUAUUCUUUCUGCCCUUGAACGUUUGAUUCACUCAGAUGAUGAGGAAGUUCUGACUAAUGCAUGCUGGGCACUUUACUUUCUCUCUGAUGGGAAUCGUGAACAAAUUCAAGCUGUUAUUGAAACUGGUGUUUGCCCUCGACUUGUUGGACUUCUACUGUAAGAGAUGAAACUUCUCCUAUGUCAUUAAUAUGCCCGACAUUUUGGGGACUAGUUUUUUUUUUCAUUGUACUUCAGUGAUGAAUAUCAACAUAAUUCUAUUUUUCAACAUUGUUAUUUUCAGCCACCCAUCACCUUCUUUAUUGAUUCCUGCACUUAAAACUGUUGGGAACAUUGUCUCCGAGGAUGAUUUUCAGACGCAGGUAUCACUUGUGUUGAAAACUGCCUCGUAUUACUUCCGAUCUGCUUUUCUACAUUGGAAUGGAAGAAUUUGGAAUCACCCAAAUCACACUCAGAAAUGCCCAAUAAAUAAAGUCGGUAAAACAUGGCCAUGAUUUUAGUUUCUAUUUGCACAUUAUCAGCCCUCAUAAAUGGAGACAGCAGUGUUCACUUAUAACUUUUAGGCUCUCUGGGUAAUCACGCCAAUGUUUGGCACUGAUAUGAAUUUUCAUUUGAAACGGCCAUUUCAUUGUCUAUUUUCAAUUUGCUUCUGACUUCGGAUUUGUUAGACCUAAAUUCGGCUUAAAUCAGACCAUCGGUGUAAUCUGAGAUAUUCUUCUUGAAAGGGUUUUCAGAUAAUAGUUGUUCGGGCAAAAAUCCUAGGAAACUGAAAAGGAAAAACGAACCUGCAGUUCGUGAUUCUAGAAAAGACAAACGCAUACCCUAUACGACAAAUAGCGGUCAGAACUAUCUACUCUGAAGGAGAUUGUACAGUAUGUGGACACAGUUAAUUACAGUAUUUACUUUUGUAAAUUUUAUUCCACAUCGCUGUAAUGGCGUCUUUAUUUUUGUCUCAGUUUGAUUUUCUUUUUAUAGAACAAGCGGAUUCGUUUGACAUUGCUUUUGAUUAUUAACAAUGUCACAAAGCACGGUAUAAUUAUAACCAUUAGAACCUUCUCUCUGUCCUUUACGUCAAGUGUUUGUCUGGGGACGUGAGCCAGAUUUUCUCCCUCAAGGGAGUCGAUCCAGAUGCCACCCGGCCUCAGUUUCGUGUUCUUGAGAAUGACAUUAGUAAGAAUCAAUAAUUCAAAAGUUGAUGCGCUUAAGAACGACAAAAAAUACUUGCCGAUACUAACAUCACUUGAAUUUUUUGAAUAUUUUGUUGGAUCAAAACCUACGAUUUCCUCCUCCCGAGAUCAUGAUAGAAAAAUUGUAUUGAAACCGAGGUAAACAAAGGUUGGAUAACGGAGUUAAAUUGGAGAACAUAUUUUCGAGAGUAUACUUUUCAGUGGUUUCUUGCUUCGAUGCUGUCAAAUUCAGAGGCUUAAAAUGGCCUAGGUUUAGAUGUAUUAUCCAAAUACUUCAUAUAAUACACAAUUUAUAAAUAUAGAAAAAUCCCAUGCUAGGAUCUUUUGAUAAUGGCUUUAUUGUUUUACUUGCUAUAACUUAAGGUAAGUUUAAUACCCUUAGUUGUCUCUGGAAUAAUUUUGGCGUUAAAAUUUGUGUUUAAACUUUGUCUUCCCAAUGUGGAUUAUUUUGUGUGCUACGGAUGCUUUGUUGCAUUAUUGAAUCCUUGCUUUUUCCAGUAUAUGAUCGACUGCCAGGCGCUCCCGUCCCUUCUUAGUCUCCUAAAGCACACUCGCAAUAAAGACAUAAAAAGGGAAGUUUGCUGGACAAUUUCCAACAUUACUGCUGGGACCACGGAGCAGAUACAGGUAAGCACCGUGGAAGAAUUAACUACAGUUCGGCGACUGUCUGCGUGAUUCUUUUUUAGAUGAUACAUGGAACAUCCCUCUGGAUGCUUAUGUGAUAACUAAACGCAAAUCCCAAACUCUGUUUUUUAUAUUUAGAUUAAAAUGUUAUGCCUAUAUACAUAUUUAAAUUAUGUUCCGUUUACGAUUAUCCCUGGCGUUUUGUGUGGAUGACCUCUGUUUAUGGCAAUAACAAGAGCACUAAUAAUCUGCGGACGACCUCUGUUUAUGGCUUUUCUCACUCCUGCUCCUUCAUAUUGUUGCUUUUUUGAACCCUUUAGGCCGUCAUUGAUGCCGAUAUCAUCCCCUAUCUUGUCCAUCUGUUGCAAACUGAUGAUUUCGGAGUCAAGAGGGAAGCUGCUUGGGCGAUCGCGUUCGUCGCCUCUGGUGGAACUCCCGAACAGAUAAAGUACGCGCUUUGCUCGGCUCUUCAUCUGGGCCAAGGUUUUCUACUAAAGAAGAGCCAUUUGGAAAUUCACUCUCGCUCAAUCUACACCCGGUUUCAGGUAUCUGGUCCGCGAAGGCUGCAUUAAGCCGGUUUGCGGUCUCCUCUCGUGCCCAGACAAGGAUCUAGUUCGCGUAUGUCUCCAGUUUCUCGGCCACAUCCUCAGCGUCGGUAAAGCCGAGAGGGAUGUGGGAAGCUCGGGAGGCGCCAACGCCUUUGCGCAGAUGAUCGAGGACUCCGAGGGGUUGGAGAAGAUCGAGAAUCUGCAGAGUGACGAUAACCCCCUGAUCUACGAGAAGUCCGUGGAGCUUCUCGAGAAGUAUUGGCAAGAUGAUGAUGGACACGACCAUAUGGAUACCGAAAAAUGA